GACAAGGUUAGUUCUAUGACGAGAAUGAAUGUCCUCAUACGAUAUUGACUUGAGUAGCAGAUGAGCCUAAGAAAUGUCUUGUGAUUUGAUUAAUGUGACUGUGAGGUAACCGCCGGACCCAAAGCAUUUGGGGCUCUACACAUGGGCUACACAAAUCACGAUGGUCAUCAUUAUCAACAGCAGCCGCAUAUACAGUGACAUCAGGUCCUACGUUAUAGAAGAUUUGGAGGAUCUCAGCACCUCUAUAAUGAUUUCUGGUUCUUUUAACCCCCCUCUCCUGAAAAUCAUUCAAGAAGCCACCAGCGACAGUCCAUUGCCCACCUCUAGCUUUGUAAAUGAAAAUGACACCCAGUGUGGAAAGCAGAUCCUUAAUUAUGGGCACAUCGAAAAACUGAUAAUAGGAGCCAUCCUGUCCCUCAUCACCUUAUUGACCAUUGCAGGAAAUUGCCUAGUAGUCAUUUCUGUUUGUUUCGUAAAGAAACUUCGCCAGCCCUCAAACUAUCUGAUUGUAUCUUUGGCUUUGGCUGACUUAUCCGUGGCCAUAGCUGUCAUGCCUUUUGUCAGUGUCACCGACCUCAUUGGUGGGAAAUGGAUUUUUGGGCACGUCUUUUGUAAUGUCUUCAUAGCAAUGGAUGUGAUGUGCUGCACAGCUUCUAUAAUGACAUUAUGUGUCAUUAGCAUUGACAGGUAUCUUGGAAUAACCCGGCCUUUGACCUACCCAGUGAGGCAAAACGGGAAAUGUAUGGCCAAAAUGAUCCUGUGCGUCUGGCUCCUUUCGGCAUCAAUCACAUUGCCUCCUCUCUUCGGCUGGGCUCAGAAUGUAAAUGAUGACAAAGUUUGCUUAAUUAGUCAAGAUUUUGGCUACACCAUUUAUUCUACAGCUGUUGCCUUCUACAUCCCCAUGUCAGUCAUGCUGUUCAUGUACUACAGAAUAUUCAAAGCCGCUAAGCGGAGUGCAGCCAAACACAAGUUUACCGGGUUCCCGCGAUCAGAGGAGAGGGAGGGAAUGAUAGCAGCAAAUGGAGUAGGAAAAAUACACAAAGAAUCAGAAGACUGUACAAAUCUGUCAAAAUUGCUGAAAAAUGACAGGAAAAACAUUUCCAUUUUUAAAAGAGAACAGAAAGCGGCCACUACACUUGGAAUUAUUGUAGGGGCUUUCACUAUAUGCUGGCUACCUUUUUUUAUACUUUCAACCGCAAGACCUUUUAUCUGUGGAACAGAGUGCAGCUGUAUUCCCUUGUGGAUGGAAAGGACCUUUUUAUGGCUGGGAUAUGCAAACUCUCUGAUAAAUCCUUUCAUUUAUGCCUUUUUUAACAGAGACCUGAGGACAACCUAUCGAAAUCUGUUACAAUGCAAGUACAGAAAUAUCAACAGGAAGCUGUCAGCUGCAGGGAUGCAUGAGGCUUUGAAGCUGGCAGAAAGGCCUGAUCGUACUGUGUAA